GGCUUCCUGGGGCCUGUGGGCUGCCCCAGGCCUGUGGGCUGCCCCUGACCUUAACCUUUGGUCCUCAGACUGGCCUGGGGCCACCUUUCCCCUCCACUCCUCUGUCCUCUGGAGAUCGCGUUUAUUAGAAAAAGCUGUUGGCUCCUACAGCUGGAGUUUGGAGUGCAAGCCAGAAGCCGGGAUUACAGCUCAAAAUACCAAAAUAUUAGGCCCUUUUGUGUUGCUACAGUCUUUUAUUUUCUACACACUGAACUCACAUGUUGGGUUUUCAGGCCAGUCUAAUCUUGGCUUCAGCUGGGGUGCUAAUGAGGGUAGCAGAGAGGGGCCCUCCCACCCCAAACCCCAUCCCAAACCCCACCCAUUCCUGGAGGACAGACAAGGCCCAGCGCUGGCUCCAAAUCCCUCCCACUUUUGACUUAUAAAACUUGCAGCUCUCUGCAGUUCUGCACUCACCUACGUGACGGCACAACAGAGCGCCACAAGGCCAAGGUCUGGAGAGGUCAGCAAUUAAACAGAAGACAUUGUUGUGAUGUUGUUAAGGGAGGUCGGCCCCACUCCGGACCCUGACUCGGCAGCAUGGAGCUGGUCCAGGACACCUCCCGCCCGCCACUGAAGUAUGUGAAGGGGGUGCCUCUCAUCAAGUACUUUGCAGAGGCAAUUGGGCCACUGCAGAGCUUACAACCCAGGCCCGAUGACCUGCUCAUCAGCACCUACCCCAAAUCUGGCACCACCUGGGUGAGUGAGAUUCUGGACAUGAUCUACCAGGAUGGCGACUUGGAGAAGUGUCAGAGGGCUCCCAUCUUAACCCGGGUGCCCUUCCUUGAGUUCAAGGGUCCAGGGUGUCCCACAGGCAUGGAGGUUCUGAAAGAUACGCCAGCCCCACGGCUCCUCAAGACACACUUGCCCCUGGCUCUGCUCCCACAGGCCCUGCUGGACCAGAAGAUUAAGGUGAUCUAUGUUGCCCGGAACGCCAAGGAUGUGGCUGUCUCCUAUUACCACUUUUACCGCAUGGCCAAGGUGUACCCUGAGCCCGGCACCUGGGACAGCUUCCUGGAGAAGUUCAUGGCUGGGGAAGUGUCCUAUGGGUCCUGGUACCAGCACGUGCGGGAGUGGUGGGAGCUGAGGCACACCCACCCUGUUCUCUACCUCUUCUACGAGGACAUGCAGGAGAACCCCAAAAGGGAGAUUCGGAAGAUUCUGGAGUUCGUGGGCCGCACCCUGUCAGAGGAGACCGUGGAUCACAUUGUGUGGCACACGUCAUUCAAGGAGAUGAAGAAGAACCCCAUGGCCAACUACAGCACCUUACCCGUGGAGAUCAUGGACCACAACAUUUCCGCCUUCAUGCGGAAAGGCAUCACGGGGGACUGGAAAACCAUGUUCACUGUGGCCCAGAACGAGCGCUUUGAUGCCCACUACGCUGAGAAGAUGGCAGGCUGCAACCUCAAGUUCCACACAGAGCUGUGAGUGGUGUUCAUGGGACCGCUCCCCAGGGAGUGUGUGCGAGUGGCCCGACAGGGGCCUCAAGAAUAAAGUACAGCUUGUGUUGCA